AAAAGGGCUUAAGUUACAAAUGGAAGAGGUGAUGUCAGUGAUCUUCCAGGGAUUGAAUAUGGUUAAGGAGCUUGAGUCAAGCUUACCGGAAAAGUCACCGGAAUCUCUAUCGACCUCUCUCGACGAGAUCACAAAGACAUUUGGUGAUGCAAACGAACAGCUGAAGAUAGUCCUUGAGAUCAGGAACACCGCAUUGAACCAACCUAAACCAGUGAUUGCGUCUUGUUCAGACCAGAUGCUAAUGCAGAUUGAACCGGAUAUGAUGCAGGAGUAUUGGUUAAGGUGUGGCGGGUCCAUGUUAUCUCAGGGAACCGAAGCAAUGACUCAAAGGCAGCUCAUGGCCCUUGAUGGUGGCGGCGGAAGAAUUUCGACGACUACAGAAAGAUCGGGCGGCUCCGGUAGCGGUUCCUCCACGCCAAGGCAACGCAGGAGGAAGGACGAAGGACAAGAACAAACGGUGUUGGUGGCGGCGUUAAGGACGGGAAACACAGAUCUACCUCCUGACGAUAACCACACUUGGCGUAAAUACGGUCAAAAGGAAAUUCUUGGCUCUAAGUUUCCUAGGGCCUACUAUAGAUGCACCCACCAAAAGUUAUACAAUUGUCCAGCCAAGAAGCAAGUCCAACGCCUCAAUGAUGAUCCCUUCACAUUCCGAGUCACUUACCGUGGCUCACACACUUGCCACAUCUACUCAACCGCUCCCACCGCUUCUGCCGCCGCCCCCACCGCAUUAAUCUCAUCAACCGCUGCCGCAACUGGCCAUUCCGUUGACUACGGUCCCGCCGUCUUAGACAUAGCCGACGCUAUGUUUGGUAGUGGUGGGAUCGGAGCCAACAUGGAUUUCAUAUUUCCUUCCAAUGAUCCACCUCAGCAUGAUCAUCACCGUUUCCGGCGAGACAAAUAGGAAUCAUACAUUUACAGAGGGAAAGGACAAAAGAUUAUUAUUACUAAAGUUUUCUAUAUUUCCCAUCUACACGUGAUUCUAGUUUGGGAUCUAAUGGGAACCAAUUCUUUUAGGGUAGUUUGCCUUUUUUGACAACGAAAAGUGUUUUGUUAAAAUGGGGUUGUUUCAACUUUCAACCAUGUAUUUUAAUUAUUAUCAUAGUU